CCCAAAAACAAAGUCUCGCGUGAAUGGGUCGUACGAGAUUACAGAGUGGGGAGGGCUGCAUGGAGAGCUGGAGAGACAAAACAAAAGCCACACAUUUCAACCGACAGGCGCUGGUCGCUUUUUAUUUUUUUUGAUCCACCAAAGCAAACGUGAUUCUUAAUUCGUAUCUAUUACUGGUCAGCAGCAAUAUACUCAAAAAGUUUCUAUCAUGCCCAGUAGCACGUCUUUGCUGGAGGCCGACGAGGGAGAGUCCGAGGUCCCGCCGCCGCUAGUGCACGCUUUCGCCGGUAUGGGCCUCGAGGAGCACCACGGCACCCAGAGCCAGACCCCCGAACAACCAGAUGAGACUCUCUCCUUCCACCACCACCAACAGCUCCCCACCGUGUCCCAUUUCAACCUCCUCGGUACCGUCCUCGACCUGAAGCCCCUGCCCAUGCAUCGGCCGCCCUCGGGAGAUGAAGUGAACACAGCGCCCGAGGACGGAGAGCUAGACUUGGUAGCCACCGCCGAUUCGGGUUGCAACGCUGGUUCAUAUCUAGCGCAGGCCCACCGCCCCCAACAUCUUACAUCGGGGCCGGGUAGCUCCAUGAUGUCGUCCGGGAUGGAACCACAGCACGUGGAGACGGUUUUGUUGUACAACGGAGACGAGCGGGAUGAUACCAGAGUCGGCACCCUGCCACCGGCUAGCAUGCUGCCGUCCGGCGGCUACGGGGAACCGGGCUAUGAGGCCGAAUCCUCGCUGCUAGCACGGAGAAAGAGCGUCAACACGACCGAGUGUGUGGCCGUGCCGAGCUCUGAGCACGUCGCAGAGAUCGUGGGAAGGCAGGGCUGUAAGAUUAAGGCACUAAGAGCCAAGACCAACACCUACAUUAAGACACCAGUGAGGGGAGAGCAGCCUGUCUUUGUUGUGACUGGACGCAAAGAAGAUGUGGCCAUGGCAAAGAGGGAGAUCCUGUCUGCAGCUGAGCAUUUCUCCCUAAUCAGAGCCUCUCGGAACAAGACUGGUACUCUGUCUGCCGUGACUGGUCCUGGGACCCCUUCUCUUCCUGGACAGACAACCAUUCAGGUGCGGGUACCAUAUCGUGUUGUAGGGCUGGUUGUGGGUCCCAAAGGUGCAACGAUUAAGCGUAUUCAGCAGCAGACCCACACCUACAUUGUGACACCGAGUCGUGACAAAGAGCCGGUGUUUGAGGUCACCGGGAUGCCUGAGAACGUGGACCGUGCAAGGGAUGAGAUUGAGGCGCACAUCGCCCUGCGCACAGGAACCUGUGGGGGCAUUGAGGCUCCUGGUGCAGACAAUAAUGACUUUCAAUUCAACGGGACUGACGUCAGCUUUGAGACCUCUGCUACACUAGCUGGGUUGGGCGAGGCUGGAUGGCUCCAUGCUGGUGCAUCAUCACCAGGUGGUGGUGGUGGUGGUGGUGGUGCUGGUGGUGGUGGUGGUGGUGGUGGUGCUGGUGCAGGUGGUGGUGGUGGUGGUGGUGGUGGUGGUGGUGGUGGUGGUGGUGGUGUGGUACCACUGAGCGCCAAUGGUACUCCACGAGUCAAUAGCAAUAUUAACAGCAGUGUCAGAAUGUCUUCCACCUACCGCAACGACAGCUCCAGUUCCCUGGGCAGUGGCUCCAGCUCAGCUGAUUCUUUCUACGGCAGCGGGAAUGCUAACCGAAUGGCUGAUUUUAGCCCGACCUGUCCGUAUAAUGCCAAUGCUAAUAACAACAACAACAGUAAUGGCAGUGCCAGUUUCUGGUUUGGCGAGAGCCUCCUUCCUGUGGGGUCUGAGGAGCUUGUCAGCCUGGGAGGUGGAGGCUCCUCCUCAGGAUUUGACCCACUAACCAUCUCCACUGCCCAGGUGUCACAGCCACCAACACAGCCACAGAUCUGGAGCCCCUAUGUGGACCAACAGCCCCCCCAGGCCUUUGAUGCCCGUCAGUCUCAGACGAGUCAGCCUGGGACACCCCGGCUCUCUCCAACCUUCUCUGGAACAGAAGCCUUGGAGCACCCUCAGGCACAGCGUGUUCACCGGGGGGCUUUCGGCUUGGCAGGGACCCUAGACGCCCAGAGGUUCCCCUCCUACAGCUCGGCCUUCUCCUCAUCCAGUGAAAGCACCACCUCCUCAUCCUCCCCUCCUGAAUCCUCCCUUUCUUAUCGACCGGGGCUGGGAUCAGUAGGGAGAGCACAGGAAGUGUGUAUCCACUGUAUGGAUAACCAGGUGGUGGCCGCCCUGGUUCCCUGUGGCCACAACCUCUUCUGUCUUGAUUGUGCCACCCACAUAUGCCAGGGUCCAGAUGCUGUUUGCCCUGUGUGUCUGUUCCCGGUCACGCAGGCCAUUCAGCUCCGCAACAUGUGAGUUUAAUCCAUUUAACUCCAGCGGCUGAUGUGGGAUCAGCCACCCAAACACUUCCAACUCAUAAAUCGUAUGGGGGUAUUUACAAAACUGAACCCAUAUCAUUGUCUAAGUGUUUCCUUGCCCCAGGUUUGUCCAAGUAGGCGUUUGGUUGACAAGGUGGGGAAGAAUAAGUGAAUAAGGAAUGACGUGUUUAGGGCAUGGGUUACGGUCUUCAGCCCGUUCAUGUGCCUGUUAUUGUGAAGUCUUCUUCCUUGAUUGAUUGGUUGAUCAAUGGGAGGGUUAGAAACCCUCUGUGUAGCAUGGGGGGGUGGGGGUGGGUGGAUAUAAAUAUAUUUUUUUGCUCAUCAUGAUUAUUGAUUGACACUUUCUCCCCAAAACAUCUAGUUAUAAAUGUUUGCCUACCUAUAUUUUAUAAAAAAUUUAAAUGAAUUUUGAAUUUUAUUAGAUACAUAAUGUUGGCUUUUAUGCUAGUAAUUUUUUGUUUGCAUCUCAAAAGUUUCUAUCCAUUUUUAAAAAAAAUUUGCUGCUAGAUAUGGUUUUAUUGUUUUUAAAUAUGGCCCAGCCCUUUGCCUUUUGGUAACCGUGCUCACUGAAACUUUGACGAAGAGAAGAACAUGUUUACAUAUAGUUAGUCCCUUCUAUGAAUAUGUAUAAAUGAAUAGUAUUCUCCUGGUUAGGAAUUUCAAUGCCUACUCAAGUUAAUUGGAUAUAACUAAAAUAAGCCACAUCAUCUGGCCAUUUUAUCCUAGAUCAUUUGCAUAAAUACUAUGAGGCUAGCUUAGUGUAUCUUUGCUCCUUUUAAACAAGAUCUGAUGUUUACAUCCUCCAGAUCAUAAAGCAGAAUAUUGUGUGUCACUGAUAUUAACAUUAUUUUGAUACACCUGCGAACACAUCCACAGAAAGCUGAACCAUAAAGUUGUGACACUCCAAUGGCAACCUCUUUUUGCCUCAAGUUUUUUUUAUUGUUUUUAUCCAGAUUCUAAGAGUGUAACCACUCUUUCUCAGAGUACCAGGAUGUUCUACUACUUCAGUAUUGCCACGUUGCUUUCCAUUUUUACUUAAAUUAAGUGUUUACGGUAAACUUGUGCCUAAUUCUGUUCAGAGUAAACAAAAAAAACUAGUUCAGCUGGCUUAAAGUUGCUCUGUCUUAAAACAAACGUGUGGCCUUUAUGAAAGCCUAUAAUUGAGUGACAGCACUAUCGACAAAUCCAGAAUUUAGCUCUAAAGAUCACAAGCUGACAGACUGACGUCUUAAUGUAUUUGUUCAAGAUCAGUCUUUUAAAUAUGUCUUUGUGGAUCAAAGGUGAUAUCACAGGGAUUUUUUUGCUUCCGUUAUUGCUGAGCCUUUCACAAGUAUUUACCAUCAUUAUUUUAUACUUAUGAGCGUCCAACUCCUCCAUUUAGUUGAUUUUUGUUUUGAAUUCUCUCCCAUUCUUUGCCCCCCCAUUAUUUUACAUCUGUGAUAUUCUUGUUUGGGAAACCGUUUUCUGGUUUUCAGCUAGAAAGAUAUGCACAGCUCCUAUAUUUGGUAACAUUCCUCCUUCCCUGUAUUGCAGACACUUUAGAAGGUAAGGCUGAUUAAAAGUUACACCUCAACCUGGGAGCCAAAAGAGCUGAAAUUCAUACUAUGAAAGACGGCUGGAACCUGGAACAAAAAGCUGUACUGUACAAGCGGCCAGCUGACUUAUCAAACAUCUCAAUAGUAUCCUUCAUUUCACUUGAAUGUUCUUCCACGUUGUACUGCUCCACCCUGUGGCCGUCAUAUCAAAGCCAUUUUUAUGUCUCUGUUGGGAAGCAGGGAAUAGAAUAACUCCAUUAUUUAAUCCCAUGUCUUGUCUACCAGGCCUAUGCAAAAACGGUCUCAGUCUGUUAACUACUCCAGGAAGCACUAGAUAGACUAAACUCCUCGGGUUUUAAUUGCAGAGCUCAAACAAUAUCGGUCUUAAAAUUGGAGACGGACAUAUUCCUUUUGCUUUUUCUCUACAUUUCUCUUUCUUACCUGCUUUGACGCAUCAAUAAGAAGUUUCCAUGGUACACACUUUGCUUUUCAUGUUCCAUCAUCUGAACUUGCUUUUGUCCUAAUCUUAUCACGUGCAUGACUAGAGGGGACUGCAGAACCUAAAGAUUUGAUCAGUCUCCCCUUGUGUCUGUUUCUCUACCUGGAAAUGUAAGAAAAGGGUACAAUUUGGUGGAAAUCAUCUCAAAAUGUUAGCUUUAAACACCAGUGUCUCUGGACUUUGUUUGACAGGAUUAAAUGAGUUGACAGGACAUUUUGAAGGGAAAGCAACUGGUUUGAUUUCAGCUUGGACUGUGCUGACACUACACAAGGUCAUACUGUUUCUUUACUGCAUGGACUUUGAACCCCGGUCCCUCCAGCAUUCCAGCUGUAAACAGUAUUUGGGAGUUUUUCCAUUGCUUAGCUCUGUUUCCUACAUUUUGGUUUGAGUUCUCUUGAGGAAAUGGAACCAAACAAGUCUCAGAAGUGCAAAAAAAACCCACACCUGCUUUUGCCCUCUCUGGUCCUCUCUCCGUCCUUUUGAUUUGACUUCUCUGCUCAAAGACGGUCGAUCUCUUUGCUCUCUUUCUAAGGAAAUGCAAUACGCUGUCGGCCCUCACUUUAUCGACAUGGAUCUAUAGACAUUUUUGUGUAUGUAUUAUUACUGUUAAUGACUGAUGAAUAUACAGAACUUAUUUUUAUUUUGUUACAUUUCAUAUAUAUACAUAAAUAUAUAUCUAUAUUAAAAUGUUUACAAUAAGAUUUCUAAUUUUUUUUUUACUUUACUCUGAGUGAAUGAAGAGUUGGACACCCAGAAAUGUUGCAGGAGGAAGUCAGUGCUAUCUGCUUGUAGUCUAGUUAUUAGUUUACAGUAUUGAUGAUAAUAGUAUUGAUAGCUGCCGUUUAACUUAGUGAAAAUGGAAUGUGCAUCACGAGCAUGUCUUCAUAAUGUAACGCCAAUGUAAAACGUCACACUGCAACUGUACAAAGGCCAAGGAUUCAAGCUGCCUGUCAUGUCUGUACGCCACCAAAUUAAGAACGGUAUACUGUAAAAUGUAUCUUAGAUUAUCUAUAUAUAAAUUCAUAUAUUGUUAAGCUGUACCAACAGUUCAAAGUAUUUGCUAAUUUUACUACAGUUUUGUUAUGUAUAUGUAGGGGGAGUCUUAUGGCAUAUAAAUUCUUCAAAUUGAGUCAGGAGUUUAAAAGCAGACUAUAUUUUAUAACGGCCUUUUAAGUUAUUGCGGCCAAAGCACUGAUAUUAUAUAUUUGCUGUAAAGAGAAUUUAAGAGUUUUAUUUUUCUGAUAUUAAAGUUACUUAAUAAAGACGGUUUCAUUUAAAGCCAUA